AUGUCAAACUGUACCAAAAAUGUAAAGACACCAACUCCAGUUCUGCCUGUCACUGCAAAUGUCACCUAUCCAACAAUUCAGCCUGAACCAUAUCUGUAUGCCGUUGGACGACAGAAGUUAAUAGAUGCACAGUAUCAGUGCUAUGACCGUAUGGAACAGUUGCCUCCUUAUGAAGGAGAGGGUCUCUACUGCAAUCGCACUUGGGACGGAUGGAUGUGCUGGGAUGAUACCCCAGCUGGUGUGCUCUCCGUUCAGCUCUGCCCUGACUACUUCCCCGACUUCGACACAGGAGAAAAGGUCACAAAGCUUUGUGAUGAAAAGGGGAUGUGGUUCAAACACCCCGAAAACAACCGCACGUGGACCAACUACACCUUAUGCAACGCCUACGCGCCUGAGAAGAUGCAGAAUGCGUUUGUCCUGUACUAUUUGGCGAUUGUGGGCCACUCCAUGUCGAUCUUCACCUUGGUCAUUUCGCUGACAAUUUUUGUGUGUUUCCGGAGUCUUGGGUGCCAGCGAGUGACCCUGCACAAGCACAUGUUCCUGACCUACAUCCUGAAUUCCAUAAUCAUCAUCGUCCACCUGAUUGAAGUUGUGCCCAAUGGCGAGCUGGUGCGUCGGGACCCGGUGAGCUGCAAGAUUCUGCAAUUCUUCCACCAGUACAUGAUGGCCUGCAAUUAUUUCUGGAUGCUCUGUGAAGGGAUCUAUCUUCAUACCCUCAUCGUGGUGUCCGUGUUUAAUGAAGAGAAAAACCUGCGCUGGUAUUAUUUCCUGGGCUGGGGUUUCCCGCUGGUGCCGACCGUUACCCAUGCUAUCACUCGAGCACUGUACUACAAUGACAACUGCUGGAUGAGUGUGGAUACUCACCUGCUGUACAUCAUCCAUGGCCCUGUGAUGGCGGCACUGGUGGUGAAUUUCUUCUUUUUGCUGAACAUUGUCCGGGUUCUGGUGACUAAGAUGAGGGAAACCCAUGAGGCAGAGUCCCACCUGUACCUGAAGGCUGUGAAGGCCACCCUGUUCCUGGUGCCCCUUCUGGGUGUCCAGUUUGUCGUCUUUCCCUGGAGGCCCACCAACAAGGUGCUUGGAAAGAUCUAUGACUACUUCAUGCACUCGCUGAUUCACUUCCAGGGAUUCUUCGUUGCGAGUAUCUACUGCUUCCACAAUCAUGAGGUCCAAGCCGCUGUGAAACGCCAAUGGACACAGUUCAAAAUCCAGUGUAACCAGCGCUGGGGACCCCGCCCCUCCAACCGCUCCGCUGCUCGAGUUGCAGCCCCUGCUGAGGCUGGCGGUGACAACAUCCCAGUUUACAUCUGCCACCAGGAGCCAAGGAAUGAUCCGCCCAACAACCAAGGCGAGGAGGCUAUUGAGAUGAUCGCCAUGAAUGUCAUCGAGCAAGAGUCAUCUGCUUGA